UCCUAAUAUUCCUCUACAAAGGAGUCUGCAGAGACCGAGAAAGAGAGAAGGGCAAAGAGAAAAGAGAUUAGCACAAUCACUGCAGAGAACAGACUGUACCUUUAAGAGAGAGAGAGAGGAGAACAACAAAACCAUGCUAAUCUAUCACUGAGUGUUUUUUUCUUCUUGUUUAGUUCAGGCUGUGUAUUUAGUAAAAGCUCUUUGCAGCUUCUCCAACACUCGUAAACCAGCUCAAUUGCACAGCGCCAAGCAAGGACGUAUACACACACACACACACACACAUGCACACACGACCGCACACGCUCGUUCUCCCUGAGUCGCACACACACACACACAACGCCUCACACGAGUACAGCGCUGCCCGCGAGAACCAGCUGGAGAAAGCCCAUCUCGGACGCUGAGAGAGAGAGAGGGAGAGGAACAGAGGACAGGAGCGAGAGAGCGAGACAAAGGAAGGCAGGGACGGAAGGAGAAAAGGAGCGAAUAGAAGCGCAGCCGGCUCCGGGAGAGGCUAACGACACGGAGUGAAGACAAGAGAGAGGAGGAGGACCAGGAGGGUGGAUCAGGAAGCAGGCUGGUGGCUCUCUCUUGUAGGCAGCGGAGCACGGUGAAGGCAUUAUGGGAAAUGCACCAUCCCAAGCCAUCACUGCUGGAAAGAGAGAUAGAGAGAGAGGGCACACGGCAGCGCGACCAGAAUACAAAGCAGGCCGAGAUGAUGUGGAAGACCCGGAGCGUGGCGGAGGUCACAUGAUCUCCACCGAUGACUUGGAGUACCCGCGUGAAUAUCGCACGCUGGGAAAUAGUGCGCGGCGCUUCUCCAACGUGGGACUGGUCCACACCUCUGAGCACCGGCACACGGUCAUCGCCGCCCAGAGCCUGGAGGCCCUCACCAACCUGCACAAGGCCGACAUGGAACGCAAGCGGGACGCCUUCAUGGACCACCUGAAGAACAAGUACCCUCCCCAGCACUCUUUACCACCCUCUCCAUCCCCCUCACAUGGCAGCAUGAGGGGCACUGCAGAGAGAAACGCACGUGAACAGCAACAGCCAAACUACUGGAGCUUUAAGAGCCGUAGUCCACGUCACUCCCAGUCCACUCAGUCAGGUUUGGCAGACCAGGCGUCUAAACUGUCCUUCGCGUCUGCUGAGUCUCUGGAGACCAUGUCUGAGGCCGACAUGCCGCUGGGCUUCAACCGCAUGAACCGUUUCCGUCAGAGCCUCCCACUGUCCCGCUCUGCAAGCCAGAAUAAACUACGCUCUCCAGGUGUCCUUUUCCUGCAGUUUGGCGAUGAGACCAGACGUGUUCAUAUCACUCACGAGCUCAACAGUUUGGAGACCUUGCACGCACUUAUCGUGCACAUGUUCCCUCAGAAGCUGACAGCAGGAAUGCUGAAGUCCCCAAACACGGCCAUCUUGAUCAAAGACGAAGCGAGGAACGUCUUCUACGAGCUGGAGGACGUGAGGGACAUACAGGACCGCAGUAUCAUUAAAAUCUAUCGCAAAGAGCCCAUCUAUGCCUCCUAUCCUGCAGCACAUCUGGCCAACGGAGAUCUCAGGAGAGAGAUGGUUUACUCAUCACGGGACUCGUCGCCUACCCGUCGCCUCAACACUCUCCCUUCCUCCACUGCCUCGCCCUCCUCCAGCUCUCCUUCCCGAUCCCGUCUCUCCUACAGUGGAGGUCGGCCCCCCUCUUUUGCUGGUCCGGGUCACCCUCACCCACAGGGUCCCCAGCAUCCGUCCCACUCCCACCACCCUUCGCCCUCUCACGGACAGGCUCAAGGCCUAACCCCCUCCUCCUCGGCCAUCCUGGAGAGGCGUGAUGUCAAACCCGAUGAGGAGAUGUCUGGUAAAGGCAUGGUCCUCCUGAAGAAUGAAGGACUUUAUGCUGAUCCGUACAGCUUGAUGCACGAGGGUCGGCUUAGUAUCGCUUCUACUCAGUCCCUGGCCACCAUCGCCGACCCCUUCGGCUUCCCGGUGUCAGGAGGUCUGUACCGCCGAGGUUCGGUGCGGUCUCUCAGUACAUACUCAGCUGCGGCACUUCAAAGCGACCUGGAGGACAGCCUGUAUAAGCCUGGAGGUUCCUUAUACUCCGAUACCUACAGCAGCUCCACGCUCGGCAUGGGCUUUCGUCUGCCGCCCUCCUCCCCGCAGAAGAUUCCCGAUGUGCAGCUGAGGGACAGGGAUUCGUUCACUGGGUCUCCCAGCCGAGGGUCGCCUGUGAGAACCACCUUCCGCAAAGAUUCAGCUUCCUCUUCAGUGUUUGUGGAGAGUCCGAAGUCCAGACCCAGCUCCAGUUCUGAACCCCUAGGAGAUGGGAGUAAGGGACCUGGAUUUGGGUCGUCGUUACCUGGGGGCGAGACGGACACACGCAGGGAUCGUAUGGAGGCAAUGGAGAAGCAGAUAGCCAGUCUGACUGGACUGGUUCAGAGCGUCCUAACACGAGCACCAGACAGUGACAGCACAUGCGGCCUGCUGCGUCUCUGCAUGAUGGCGGGCUGCCCUCCGGACCAGGGGGCGGACUUUUCACGGCCCUUCCCUUUCUCUUCCAGCGAGAAGACCGAAUCCACCAGCGACGGCUCCGCCACAGGAACUGGCCGGCUGAAGAAGAAAGCGCUGACUCCAUCUGCCCCGCUGGCACUGAUGCCUCCGCCUUCAUCUGGAGGCUCUCAGGCCUCCACCGUCUCCAGGCUACAGAUGCAGCUCCACCUGCACGACCUACAACAGAACGCCACCGAUCUGCGCAAGCAGCUCGCACAGCUCCGUAAAAUGCAGUUGCAGAACCAGGACUCCAUACGCAGUCUACUGAAGAGGACCGAGACAGAGCUGAGUCUGCGUCUAUCAGAUGCGUUGAGGAAACAGGAAGACCCUCUCCAGAGACAGCGCCUCCUAGUGGAAGAGGAGAGACUCAAAUACCUGAACGAGGAGGAACUCAUCAUACAGCAACUGCAUGAUCUGGAAAAGUCAGUGGAGGAAAUCCAGAAGGAGAUGUCUGUCAAUCACCGACAUGUGACAGUGCAGGAGCUGGAGGAGAAAAGCUCGCUGCUGAGGAAACUGGGAGAGACUCUCACCGAGCUGAAGAAUCAGUUCCCGGGGCUCCAGAGUAAAAUGCGAGUGGUGUUGCGAGUGGAAGUGGAAGCUGUGAAAUUCCUGAAAGAGGAGCCACACAGACUGGACGCUCUGCUUAAACGCUGCAGAUCUAUCACAGACACUCUCACCACACUGAGGAGGCUGGUGAAUGAAGGAGUGUGGAAAACCCAGGAUGAGUAUUCCGGCCCCUCUCCUAAACUCGGAGGAGGGGACGAGUACAGGAAGAACACAGACUUUGAUAUUCCAACCAGUCCACCGCUAAACCUCAAUGAGACCAGCCUGGCUAACUGGAGCCCUCACUCUGGUCAAGUCCACAGCCACUCGAACCCCUCUAGUGCACAGCGUGAGAAGGAUUCUCAUGGGAUGGUGGGCUCGUUGAAGGGACGGGAGCUGGGCGAGCUGGGAGGUCGAGGAGGGUCUGAUAAGGCCUCAUCCGUGGAAGUUAGACUGGCAGCUGAGCGGGAUUGGGAAGAGAAGAGGGCCAGUCUAACACAGUACAGCGCUCAGGACAUUAAUCGACUGUUGGAGGAGACUCAGGCUGAGCUCAUGAAGGCCAUUCCUGACUUGGACUUUGCUGCCAGGCAGAUCAAACCUGCUCAGAACCAGAUUCAAAACCAAAACCAGGGCCAGGGUCCAUCUAGCACCAAUGCCACACCUGAACACAAGCCUAAUAAACCUCAGAAUAAACUUUCCAGUAAAGACGGCGGAUCCAGACGAGGCUCGGAUGAACUGACAGUGGCGAGGUAUCGAACAGAGAAGCCCUCAAAAUCCCCCCCUCCUCCACCACCCCGCCGGAGUUUCCCCUCCACCCCUGGCCUGACUACACGCAGCGGAGAGAUGAUCAUUCCUGGAAAGAGUAUAAAGAAAUCAGAAUCAGAGGAGACUGAUUCUCAGAAGCCACACGUUAAGCUGAGGAGGAGUAUAUCUGAAGCCCCCCGACCGGCCUCCACCCCUCCGACCAUCGCUGGUGGAGAGCGAGAGGAGGGCAACGAGGAGAAGUUUGCAGCUGAGCUAGAGCAGUUGAUCGCAUCUAAGGGUGGUGAUAAUCACUCCAGUGAUUUUACAGAGAAAUCUCUGAUACAGCACGGGAUGUCCUCCACUCCAGUUCCCCAGAUAGUCUUAACCGAGUGUAACUCUCUUCCCACGUCCCCCUCUGAGGACUCAGCAGAGACCCGACGGUCUGACAGCGCGCAGACAAUUAAAGAAAAUAACACUGGAAAUGACAUCAGAGUAAGUUACUUCAGCCACAUUGUGAGGACUCCCCGUCUGCCGCUGUGGAAACAAGACUUGUCAGCCUGCCAAAAAGUCCCUCGAUUACAAGACUUGGAUGCAACCCAGAGGGAGCUCCAGAGUCCCGUCCAGGAUGUGACCCAGUCAUGCCCGCCCUUAACAAGUGAGAGAGCAAUUAAACAGCCCCUGAGGAGGGAGCCGAGGGUUCAGGAUUCUCUCGAGGUGGCGACAGAAACGAAAGAAGAGCGAAUGAGAAAGUCGGACACUACAUUGUCCGUCUCGCCGCAAAACGGGCCGGCAGAGACAUCUCAAGUGGGUUUGAUCCGCACUCAAGGCGUUGGAGGGGAAAAGGAAGACAUCUGCCACAGCACGUACCGUCGUCUGGACAGUCUGGAGGAAACCAUCCGUGAGCUGGAGCUCAGCCUGAUGGAGUUCAGCACUGAUCCUCACACGGGGAACAUCUUCCCAGCAUCCGUCCAGACGCAGAGUUCCUCCACCAAGAGAUCCGGCAGCACCCGAUAUACAGCAGACGGAGGAGACACAAACAAACCCACUGUCCCACCUAAACCGUCCUGCAUCAGCACAUCCACAGCCAAGGUUCAACCUAACCUUCAGUAUCUUCUCCAGCCCUGGUCUUUCUGUCUUUUCCAUCUUCUUACUUCCUGUCUGGUGGAAGGUUUUUGGUCUCUUCCGCUGGGUUGCUCAACUAGAUCAGUUUGUUCUCUUUUGCAAAUGCUUUGAUAAAUUGUUUGCCUCCAGACUCUGUAGAAAUACAUAUUGUAUCUUUCUCACAAUAAAUUCUCUUGUUUCCUAUUCUUUAUUAGCCCACUCUUUUUUUUUCUCCUCUUAAAAUGACUUUGCAAUUUGAUUACUUUCCCCUUGUCUUAUUUUCCUCUGGUACAUAGGACAUAAUAUGUGGUUUUCUCGUAAAAUAAAAAGAUAAAGCCAGGGAAGCUCUUCGUAACUACUCAAGUGAUUUUGUUGCGUAAUUUAUGCGGUAUUGUCUCCUCUCGCAUUUGUCUUUCGUCUUUAGAGAGUAGUUGUCAGGAUAAACCGCUAUGAAGCAGCGAUCCACCAGACGUCAUGUGUAUUACUCAGCUCCGCUGAGAACAGGGCUGAUCUCUGUGAGUGACAGAAGGGAAGGAUUGGGAUGAAGUCACUUGUGUUUUCCACUGUGUUGCUUUCAGCCCACACAUUUGUAUACAAGCCAACAUUGCAUCAUCCCUCCUAACUGUUGUGUUUGAGCCCCUUGCUCUAGGUCCUUGCACGCUUUUCUCAUAGGACAGAUGGAACCUGGCACCCGCAGGUCCACCUGAUUGCAAGCAUUAGAUCCUCUUACAGAGCCCUUCUUUCAGUGAGGUGCUCAUUAGCAUAAAACACACAGCUAAUGUGCCUCCUUGAAGCUUUAAAAGGACUGUUGGCUGGUUGUGACUCUAGACUUUGGUCUAGUGCUUGAUAGGUAAUAUAUGCAGAGAGAAAAGACUAGAGAAAGCGUCCAUUAUUUUGUAUUGCACUGAGAGCUUUUGUCAACUUCGUGCAGAGGCGUAUAAUUUAUAUUUUCUGAAUUUAAUACAAGAAAUUAUAGGUAAUAUGUGUCUGUGUGUGUGUGUGUGUGAGAAUGAAUGAGAGGACUGUGCUGAGAUGCAUGUGUUCUAUUAAAAACACAUCACCCUCCUGCCUGUCUUGCACACUAUUCUCCUCCAGCACUUCCUUUGACUGCUGGUGAUGGCAAAUACACUGUUGGAAAUUGGGUGGAAAAUAUUACCAAAUAUAGAGCACAGAUUGAUCUCUUCUUCUCUAUCA